AUGGAUCAGGCAAAGUUGGCUAAGCUCCAGGCCAUGUCCGCCAAUGCCCGCAUUGGUACUGGCAAGGGUACUCCCCGCCGUAAGGUCAAGAAGGUCGUCCGCAACUCCGGUGCCGACGACAAGAAGCUCCAGGCCGCUCUUAAGAAGCUGAACGUUCAGCCCCUCCAGGGCAUCGAGGAGGUCAACAUGUUCAAGGAGGACGGCAACGUCAUCCACUUCGCCAACCCCCGUGUCCACGCCGCCGCCCCCUCCAACACCUUCGCUCUCUACGGUAACGGUGAGGAGAAGGAGCUCACCGAGCUCGUCCCCAACAUCCUCAACCAGCUCGGCCCCGACAGCCUGGCUUCCCUCCGCAAGCUCGCUGAGAGCUACCAGAACAUGCAGAAGCAGCAGGGUGAUAAGAAGGACGAUGAGGAGGAUGAUAUCCCCGAUCUCGUCGAGGGCGAGAACUUCGAGUCCAAGGAAUAA